ACACAAGGGAAUAUGCACAAUCUUACAUCCAUGUCUGCCUUUCUGCUGCUGGAAUUCUCAGACGUUCGAGAACUGCAAAUCUUACACUUCUUUAUAUUUCUGGUAUUGUACUUAAUGGCAAUAAUAGGGAAUCUUCUCAUUUCUAUUGCUAUUGCUCUUGAUCAUCGCCUUCACACACCCAUGUACUUCUUUCUUCUGAAUUUGGCCAUCAUGGAUAUUGGAACAGUUUCAGUCAUGGUACCCAAAUCAAUGGAGAUUUCCCUCCUAAAUUGCAGAUUUAUUUCGUAUUUUGGAUGCGUUGCUCAAGUUUUCUUUCAGUACUUAUUUGGAGCAUCUGACUAUGCUCUGCUAACUAUAAUGGCACAUGACCGAUAUGUGGCCAUUUGCAACCCACUCCACUAUGAGACAAUUAUGCACAAAGGAGCCUGCAUUCGAAUGGUAGCCAUUGUGUGGAUUGUAGGUCUUCUUUAUGCCACAUUACAUACUGGGAUCACCUUUGCCAACACGUUUUGUUCUAAUGCUGUCAAUCAAUUCUUCUGUGAAAUCCCAAAGUUAUUGAAGCUCUCCUGUUCUAACUUUUACUUAGUGGAAGUUGGAGUUAUUGUGCUAAGCUCCAGUAUAGCACUUGGGUGUUUCAUUUUCAUCAUCAUAACUUACAUGGAGAUCUUUUCUACAGUGCGCAAAAUCCCUUCUGUCCAUGGUAAGAAAAAAGCCCUUUCCACUUGCCUCCCCCACCUCACUGUUGUCUCUGUCUUACUGUUCACUGGAGUGUUUGCUUAUACAAGGCCUCCCAGUGAAGCUUCUUCUGAUCUAGAUAUAGCUUUUGCUGUGGUGUACUCCAUAAUUCCUCCCACAUUGAAUCCAUUCAUCUACAGCAUGAGAAACAAAGAUAUCAAGACUGCCUUAUGGAAACUCUUAGAUGUGCGGCAUUCUUCUAAAACUAUAUCCAGAAUUCUAUAA